AUGGCUCCCGCCGACGACAUCUAUGUCAUCAACGGCUUUUACAGCUCGAUGCGGAGAAAGUACACGGCGCCAGGCGCCUCCGUGUACUACUUCUCGGUCGAGUGGGACUCGUCGCUGAUGUCGUGGGCCGAGUUCCGAGGAGAGGUGCUGGGCGCCACCGACCCGGAGCGUGCCAGCGUCGGCUCGAUGCGCUGGCAGAUCAUGCAGGACUGGGCGGCGCUCGGCCUCGUCGCGAAGCCCGAUGUCGGCGACAACGGCGUGCACGGCUCGGCGAGCCCGUUCGAGGCGCUGGUCGAGCGGCUCAACUGGCUGGGCGCCUCGCUCGACACCGACGAGACCGCCAGGGCCAUCGUCUCCGCCGGAGACCCGCAGGUGGACGUGGGGGACGGGAACAUGGUGUCUGUCUUUGACGCCUUCGAGGACCUCUCCAUCGGCCCGAUGCUCAAGAAGGCGCAAAAGCUGGGCGGAGACCCGUUUGAGGACGCGCCCGACUUCUCGACCAACCAGGCGGGCGGCAGGCUCGUCGACAAGCACUACUACGCGAUCGCAUCCAAGGCCGUGCUGCGCAAGCUUGUCGGAGCUGCGGCGGGUCCAUCAAUUCACAGACCGCUGUUUGCUGAUGGCAGGCCUGAGCUGCGCACGCCGUUUGGGUCGCAGCGAGCCGUGCUGAGCAAGCCCGUGGAGUUGCACCCGCCCAAGCACAAGCAGGCCGAGUUCACGGCAAAGUUCGGGCUCACGUGGCCGCAGGCGCUGGCGCAGGGAGUCGUGUACAACGCCGCGGACGCGAUGGACGUGCUGGGCGUGCAGGAGGCGACGCUGAUGACGAUGUGGGACGCGGCUAAGUCGAGCGACGAGUGCUUCAAGUUUGGAGGCGGGUUCUACUGCGCGCGGCUGGGCGCGCAGUCGCAGGGCGGCGGCGGGGCGAUCGUGCCGAACGCGGGCGACUUGCUGGCGGAGCUACCCAAGUCGCUGUACGGCGGCUUCGACUCGCUGGCGCUCUCAAACGGGCAGGCGAGAUGA